CCGCAAGGUAGGACGGGAGGAAGGCGUGCUGAGUGGGGCUGGGACGGCCGAGAUCACAGUGACCCAAGCGGUACUCCUUGACGGCUGUGGCGCCCUGAUGUCCAUCAUCUCCUGGAAUUCCAGAGUUCUUUACGUUCCCGUGUGUCAGAGAGCACCCCACGUUGCAGAUGCGUAUGUAGAGGGCCAGAGACUCCAACCCUGGCCCAGAUGAUCCCUGGUGUCCUCAACUCCAAGAUUUUGUCACUAUCGACACCACGCACUCUAGCCCUACGGAGAAAGGGGUAUGUGGGAGGGGAUAACAGAAAAACAGACCAGUGCUAGUAGAAGGUAGGGAAUGAGGAAUAGGGUGUGACAUCAGAGGGUGUGACCUUUCCCUAUCCUCAUAUUCCCCUAAUGUGCUCUAUCUGGAACAGAUCUUGGCCUCUUUCCAAGCACUCCUGAUGCCUCAUUUGCCUCUGGCCUCUUUUCGACCACCACUUUGCGGGCUGAGGCCCUCACGGGGCUUCCCCAGGUCCCAUACCCUUUCUACCCAGUCAGAGCCUCAUGGAUCCUCCAUUUCCCGGAGGAACAGUGAAGCCAAACAGAAGCGCCUGCGAGAGAAGCAGGCGGCGCUGGAGGCUGGAAUAGCCCGGAAGAGCAAGCCAUUUGCAGAAUCAAUUAAGGCCUGGACUCCUAAGGAGAUAGUGUUGUAUGAAAUCCCCACAGAAUACGGUGAAAAGAAAGAUGUCUCCCAGCCCCUGCCUCCUGCUUAUAGCCCCUGGUAUGUUGAGGCUGCCUGGUACCCUUGGUGGGUGCAAGAGGGCUUCUUCAAACCCGAAUAUCAGACCAGGCUGCCCCAGGCCACAGGGGAGGCCUUCUCCAUGUGCAUCCCACCUCCCAAUGUCACUGGCUCCCUGCACAUUGGGCAUGCACUGACGGUGGCCAUACAGGAUGCCCUUGUGCGCUGGCACCGGAUGCGUGGGGAUCAGGUGCUGUGGGUCCCUGGCUCUGAUCAUGCAGGAAUUGCUACACAAGCUGUGGUGGAGAAACAACUGUGGAAGGAUCGAAGAGUGAGGAGACACGAACUGAGCCGAGAAGCCUUCCUCAGGGAGGUGUGGAAGUGGAAGGAAGAGAAAGGUGGAGAGAUCUGUGAGCAGCUCCGGGCUCUGGGGGCCUCGUUGGACUGGGACCGAGAGUGUUUCACUAUGGAUGCAGUGGAGAGCCGGCCCCUACCUGGCCGCAUGGAGCUUCGACUGCCGGGCUGCCCCACCCCUGUGUCUUUCGGCCUCCUUGUUUCUGUGGCCUUCCCUGUGGAUGGAGAGCCUGACACAGAGGUUGUGGUAGGAACCACGAGGCCAGAGACAUUGCCUGGAGACGUGGCUGUGGCUGUUCAUCCCCACGAUUCCCGAUACACACAUCUACAUGGGCGAAAACUUCGUCACCCCUUGACGGGGCAGCUACUCCCUCUUAUCACAGACUCCACUGUUCAGCCACAGGUGGGCACAGGGGCAGUGAAGGUGACUCCAGCUCACAGCCCUGCUGAUGCUGAGCUGGGGGCCCGACACGGCUUGAGACCCCUGAGCGUCAUUGCGGAGGAUGGGACCAUGACUUCCCUCUGUGGGGACUGGCUGCAGGGUCUUCACCGAUUUGUGGCCCGGGAGAAGAUUAUGUCUGCACUGAGGGAGCGGGGCCUGUUCCGGGGCCUCCAGAACCACCCCAUGGUGCUGCCCAUUUGCAGCCGUUCCGGGGACGUGGUAGAAUACCUACUGAAGAGCCAGUGGUUUGUCCGCUGCCAGGAGAUGGGGCACCGAGCUGCCCAGGCUGUAGAGUUGGGGACCCUGGAGCUCAGUCCAUCCUUCCAUCAGAAGAACUGGCAGCACUGGUUUGCCCACAUUGGGGACUGGUGUGUCUCUCGGCAGCUGUGGUGGGGCCAUCGGAUUCCGGCCUACCUGGUCGUGGAGGAGCACGCAGAGGGCGACAGGGAGGACUUUUGGGUGGUCGGGCGGACAGAGGCUGAAGCCAGAGAAGUAGCUGCAGAUUUGACAGGGAGACCAGGGGCAGAGCUGACCCUGGAGAGGGACCCUGAUGUCCUGGACACAUGGUUCUCUUCGGCUCUUUUCCCUUUUGCUGCCCUGGGCUGGCCCCAAGAGACUCCAGACCUUGCUCGUUUCUACCCGCUGUCCCUUCUGGAAACAGGCAGUGACCUCCUGCUGUUCUGGGUGGGCCGCAUGGUCAUGUUGGGGACCCAGCUUACAGGGCAGCUUCCCUUUAGCAAGGUGCUUCUUCACUCCAUGGUUCGGGACAGGCAGGGCCGGAAGAUGAGCAAGUCCCUGGGGAAUGUGCUGGACCCUCGGGACAUCAUCCAUGGGGUGGAGCUACAGGUGCUUCAGAAAAAGCUGCAGAAUGGGAACUUGGCCUGCGAGGAGCUGGCGAUCGCGGCCACAGCUCAGAGUGAGGACUUCCCUCAUGGGAUUCCCGAGUGUGGGACAGAUGCCCUGAGAUUCGCCCUGUGCUCCCAUGGGGCCCUGGCAGGUGACGUGCACCUGUCUGUCUCUGAGGUCCUGAGCUCCCGGCAUUUCUGUAACAAGAUCUGGAAUGCCCUGCGCUUUAUCUUCAAUGUUCUAGGGGAUAACUUCAUGCCCCAGCCUGCAGAGGAGCUGGCCCCUUUAUCCCCCAUGGACGCCUGGAUCCUGAGCCGCCUUGCCAGUACCGCCCGGGAGUGUGAGCGAGGCUUCCUCGCCCGAGAGCUCCCGCUCGUCACGCACACCCUGCACCACUUCUGGCUCCAUAGCCUCUGUGAUGUCUACUUGGAGGCUGUGAAGCCGGUGCUGCGGCGCUCGCCCCGCCCCCUAGGGCCCCCUCAGGUCCUGUUCUCCUGUGCCGAUGUGGGUCUCCGCCUUCUGGCCCCGCUGAUGCCCUUCAUGGCUGAGGAGCUCUGGCAGAGGCUGCCCCCGAGGCCUGGCAGCCCCCUUCCCCCCAGCAUCUCUGUGGCCCCCUACCCUAGUGCCCGGAGCUUGGAGACCUGGUACCAGCCUGAACUGGAACAGAGUUUCUCCCUGGUCCAGGAGGCAGUGCAGGCACUGAGAGCUCUUCGAGCCACAUAUCAGCUCGGCAAGGCGCGGCCCCAAGUGUUGCUGCAGAGCUCAGAUCCCAGAGAGCAGGGCCUCUUUGAGGUGUUCCUGGAGCCCCUGGGCACCCUGGGCCACUGCGGGGCUGUGAGCUUCUUGCCCCCGGGUGCAGCGGCUCCCUCCGGCUGGGUCCACGUCCCACUCAGUGACACCAUUCAGGUCUACAUGGAGCUGCAGGGCCUGGUGGACCCCCAGACUCAUCUACCUCUGCUAGUUGCCCGAAGGCACAAGUUACAGAAGCAACUUGAUGGCCUCGUAGUCCGGGCCCCAUCAGAGGGAGAGGCAGAGACACAGAGGCAGCAGAGGCUUUCAUCUCUCCAGUUGGAAUUGUCAAAACUGGACAGGGCGGCCUUUCACCUCCGACAGCUGAUGGAUGCCUCUCCCUGCCCUGGGGAGCUGUGAGCUCUCACUCACCAUCCCUGGUGGGUUUGUUCCCUCCCAGACCUGCCUUUAAGGACAAACAGAUCUGGCAGCUCUCAGGGCCACAGAGGCCACGUGGCCACCUCCCUCAUUCUGUGCAUGAAAAGGCAGACAGGCCUGGUCAGCUUGACUGCGUUCGUGCUCCUGCCCCAGCCUCCUUCCUGUGUGGUCCUGCCUGGAAGUUUAGGGGUGAGAAAACUCACAUAAACUUUUAAAAUCCCAAA